GGGGACCUCGGCGGCGGAGCGAUUCUUCGCGUGAGGCGUGCGUGCGGGAUCGGGACCCUCCCUCUGCGAUGCGGCCGGAGGGACGACUAGAUACAGCCAGGAUUGCAGACCUCUUAUGAUGAGAACAUGGCAGAGCCGCUGCGGUGGCCCAGAUAUCGCUGGCACCGCCUGAUAUCCGCAAAACACAGAGAGGACGGCGGUACUGAAAGAGAACCUUCCUCCGUAGGGCUCAGUCAGCCAUCCAAGAUGACCAACGAGCACAGAAUAGUUAUCCCUCACCUGGAGUGCUUUAAAGAAGAAUAUGAAAAAGUGUCCAAGCGUUAUAAGAACAACAGAAUACGAACUACCAAGUACACCUUAUGGAACUUUAUACCAAGAAACUUAUUUGAACAGUUUCACAGAGUUGCCAAUUUAUAUUUUCUCUUUAUCGUUGUGCUGAACUGGAUUCCUGUGGUGGAAGCCUUUCAGAAGGAAAUCACAAUGAUACCUCUCCUAGUCGUUCUUACAGUUAUCGCAGUCAAAGAUGGCCUAGAGGACUACGCAAAAUACAAGUUGGACAAAAAGUUAAACAACUUAUUAACCCAGGUCUACUGUAGAAAUGAAAAAGAGUACGUAGAUGAAUUUUGGAAAAAUGUUACUGUUGGAGACUUUAUCCGAUUGUCAUGUAAUGAGGAAAUCCCUGCUGACAUGGUGUUGUUAUAUUCCACUGACGCAGAUGGAAUCUGUUACAUGGAAACAUCCAGCCUCGAUGGAGAGACCAAUUUGAAACAGCGGCAGGUGGUGAAAGGAUUCGAAGAUCAGGAGUCUGAAGUAGAUCCAGAGGAGUUCUUGAGUAAAAUAGAAUGUGAGAGCCCUAACAAUGACCUCAACAGCUUCAAGGGUUUUGUGAAGCAUACGAAUCAGGAGUCGGUGGGCCUGAGUAAGGAGAACUUACUCCUGCGAGGAUGCACUAUCAGAAACACGGAAGCUGUUGUUGGCAUUGUGGUAUAUGCAGGUCACGAAACCAAAGCGAUGCUGAACAACACAGGGCCUCGCCAGAAGCGAAGUAAACUUGAGAAAAGGGUGAAUGACCACAUCUUGUGGUGUGUCCUGCUUCUGAUUGUGAUGUGCUCUGUAGGGGCUGUGGGUCAUUGGAUUUGGCUGGGUAGGUAUUCACAGCCCGCUUUGUAUAGUAUCACAGACUCCACUGGAAAACAGAUUAUCACUCCAUCAUUGGGAGCAUUCUAUUUAUUUUGGAGAAUGAUAAUUUUAUUACAGGUCUUGAUUCCAGUUUCUCUUUAUGUUUCCAUUGAAUUUGUCAAAUUGGGGCAAAUCUAUUUAAUUCAGAAUGACAUUGAUUUUUACCACGAAAAGACAAACACCACAAUUCAGUGUAGAGCGCUGAAUAUUGCUGAAGACCUGGGGCAGAUUGAGUAUCUUUUCUCCGAUAAGACUGGAACACUCACAGAGAACAAAAUGGUUUUCCGGAGAUGCACCAUAGCAGGGCAGGAAUACGGACAUGAAGAAAAUGCUAAAAGGCUAGAGUUAUAUCAAGAUGCUGAAUCCGAAGAUGAGGACAUGACCUUUUCAUCACAUACUUUGAGGCACGUGUCCAGAGUGAAGAUGUCCCACGCCAAUACUUUCCUGAGUAGCAAGUCCUUGCACCGUUCCUGCAAAAGCAGCUUUGGCAUAGGGGCGUGGCAUGCCAGGCAGCUGGCCUUCAGCAGCCCCAUCGAGACUGAUGUUGUGCCGGACAUUAUGCUUAUGCAGAAAUUUAGUCGAAUCUCUUACCAUAUCUAUGCACCCUCUGUGAUGGAACACAUGACCUCAGAGACAGUGUACAUCACCGAAUUUUUCAUCGCUCUGGCCAUUUGCAACACCGUCGUCGUUUCAACACCUAGUCAACCAAGUCAAAAGAGGCAAUGGCCUUCACUAGCUAGAUUACCUGUUUUACCUUUGGAUGAACUUAGAAAGAUCAUAGAUAAGUUUUCAGUUCGGAAAUCAAUCUUCUCACCUGCUUCAAGUAGAAGAGCUACAGUGUCUGACAGCACUGGGAAUUUUGCCAAUUCGGUGGAUAUUUUCAGAGAGAAGGUGCCAUCCCCUCCAGCUGAUGUGCCAUCAGUAAGUCCUGACGUAGCGAUGCCACAAGAAGUACUGAACGUUCCUGCUGCCAGUGGUCCUGGAUUGCAGUCUCAGCCAUCGGACGAGUCUCAGCUAUGCUACGAGGCAGAGAGCCCCGACGAGGCAGCUCUGGUUCAUGCGGCGAGGGCAUAUUUAUGCACAUUACAAUCUAGGAGUCCUGAUCAAGUUACAGUAGACUUCGGUCCUUUGGGCAUUUUAACAUUUCAGUUGUUGCACAUCCUCCCAUUCGACUCCAUCCGAAAACGGAUGUCUGUCGUGGUUCGGCACCCAAUCUUAAAGCAAGUUGUGGUUUACACAAAAGGGGCGGACUCCAGCAUAAUGGAAUUGCUGCAGACAGAUCCCACAGGUAUUAAAAAGGUAGACAUACGAAAGGAGAGAAUUAAGGAAAGAACUCAGAGACACUUAGAUGAAUAUGCCAGAAAAGGACUGCGCACUCUCUGCAUAGGUAUGAAGGUAAUGAGUGACUUGGAGUACAAUGAAUGGCUAAAGGAGCAUUUUAUAGCUGAACGCAAUAUCGAUAGCAGGGAGAAGCUGCUCGUUGAGUCUGCCUUGAGGCUUGAGAACAACUUUACUUUGCUUGGUGCCACUGGGGUUGAAGAUCGUUUGCAAGAGGGUGUUCCAGACACCAUAGCAUCACUCAGAAGAGCUGGAAUUACCAUCUGGAUGCUGACUGGGGAUAAACACGAGACAGCUGUGAACAUAGCACAUGCCUGCAGAUUGCUGGAACCAGCUGACAAACUCUUCAUCCUCAAGUCCGAUAAACAGAGAGCCUGUGGACAGUUGAUAGAUGAAAUAUUAGAAGAAAUGAGGAUCGGUCUGCAGUCUAAAGGAAGCCACGUCACAAGCCCUUUGAGACUGUCUACAGGAUCAGUCACCCCCAUCCCCCAGCUCAGCACGGGCCUCAUUAUAGAUGGACCAUCCCUAGCCUUUGCCUUACAUGAAACGGUGCGGAGCAAGUUCCUGCAGCUCGCAGCACGGGUACGAGUCGUCAUCUGCUGCCGAGCAACGCCCCUGCAGAAGAGCCAGGUGGUGAAACUGGUGAGAAAGGAGCUCAAGGUGAUGACUCUGGCGAUAGGUGAUGGUGCCAACGACGUCAGCAUGAUCCAAGUUGCUGAUAUUGGGAUUGGGAUCUCUGGUCAAGAAGGCAUGCAGGCUGUGAUGGCCAGCGACUUUGCAGUUUCUCAGUUCAGACACCUCAACAAACUGCUGCUUGUUCACGGUCACUGGUGUUACUCUCGGCUGGCCAACAUGGUCCUUUAUUUUUUCUACAAGAAUCUGGCAUACGUAGCCAUCCUGUUCUGGUUCCAGUUCUUCAAUGGAUUUUCAGGAAUACCCAUGACAGACCACUGGAGCCUGAUUUUUUUCAACCUUCUAUUCACAUCAGUACCACCCAUCGUUUAUGGUGUUUUGGACAAAGAUAUAUCUGCAGAAAUCCUUCUCCACCUUCCACAACUUUACAAAACUAGUCAGAAAUCUGAGCCAUAUGUAUCUUCAGCCUUCUUGGUCAACCUGAUAGAUGCUUUUUACCAAAGCCUGGCUUGUUUUUUCACCUCUUACAUGACUUACGCUGGUUCUGAUAUAGACAUCUUUUCUUUUGGGGUACCUCUCAACACUUCCAUCUUCUUUAUAAUAUUACUGCACCUUCUGAUUGAAAGUAAAUCAGUGAAUUGGAUAUACAUGACUGUUAUGGUUGGAAGCAUCGUCCUCUAUUUCUUCUUUGCUGUGGUUUUUGGCGCGAACUGCGUCCUCUGCAAUCCACCUGCCAAUCCCUACUGGAUCGUGCAGAAGCACCUGAGUAAUCCAAGGUUCUAUCUGGUUUGCAUCAUGUCCACCCUUGUGGCUCUUUUCCCCAGGUAUCUGUUCAGGGUGAUGCAAGGGACUGUGUUCCCAACUCCACUAAUGAAAGCCAGGCGCCUGGAAGGUCGGGUCCCCGUGCAGCGGAAAAGUCAGCUGCGCAGUGAAAGAGUAGCCUCCGUAUGAGGAUAUCACAGAUCCUUACCUCAAAGAGAUCUUACAUUGGUCGGAUAAGAGAUGACAUGUGUGCCUAUUUCUACCUGCCAGUCCCACCCCCAGCAUCUCAAGCCUUGAGGAAGAAUCGCAAGCCACGGCUGCCUUUCACCUGGGGAGAAAGGCCUUGCCAUUGAAGCUGAGCGUUUCCACCCCUAUAUGCAACCUGUAAAAAACACUGGUACUGUUUGGCUGAUUAAUGGCUGGUUAUUUGAGUUUGUAUUGUAUUAUAAUAGGAUAUUUGUAAGCUGCCUUAGGUGUUCUUUGAACAGAAAGGUGGGGUAUAAAUAAAUAACUGUUUUUGGUAUCUUUGA